AUGCCUUCAUUCCAAAAAAGAAGCCCGAUCGAGGUAGGGUUUGCUAUUAACGUCGAGGGCGUACUGAUACACAAGUCAAAGGUACUCCCUUUCGCCAAAGAAGCACUUACCUACCUCCAGUCCCGUAAGCACAAUUUCGUACUCUUCGGAGAUGGGAAUAGAGCGCAGACUGAAGAAGAGCUAUCCAUAGAGCUUCAAUUGUUGACUGGUGUUACGAUUUCGCCACAAAAUAUUGUGUUCCCGUAUAGCGCUUUCAAACUUCUCAUAAAGGAGAUCCCACGCUUGGCGACACAAAAUGUUCUGGUCGUGGGAAGUCCGAUUAAUCGAAUCAAGAAGAUUGCAAACAGCUACGGGUUCCACCGUGUCUUCGGACCACUGGAUAUCCAGCAUCACAGAGACCUUCAGAUUGAUGCUAUUUUGGUGUUCAACACACCCGUGAAUUGGGAUGAGGAUCUCCAUACCGUGAUCGAAAUGCUUUCAUCGAGGGCUGGUUAUGUACAUACCACGAGUCAACUUAACGGACUCGAAGAAUUGCCGAAUUCUGGAUACUGCCAGGAUUGCCAACCGACAAUUCACUGGUGUGACAUGAAACUAUCGCAUAAUUCAGGCGAUGUUACGUUCAAGCAAGCAGUGGAAGCGGCCUGGAGCAACCGUACAGGGGGAGCAGACAUAUUAGGCUCCUGGACAGAACCGCUCCUACCUUUCGUUGAAGUGCAAUGUUUCGAGAACAUCGACAUACCAAAGAAGAGAACUGCCUACCUAAUUGGAGGCACUUCCGCAAAGAGUCCCUUAGAUCAGCUAGGAGAUUUCGGAAGUCGCAAUGGUAUCGACUGGAACAGUAUCUUGGUCAUCACUAAGUUGAAGCGCCGCAUGUAUAAACAGCCGAUCGUUCCUGUACCAAAUAUUGGAGUAGGAAUGCUAUGGGCGUUCGAAGAUGCCGGCUUUGAGAGAGCCGCGCUCGAGAUCGUAAGUCACCCUGGAUUUACGGCUCCAGAAGGCCUCAUCAACUUCCAAGUCGAUAUGCCGACAUUGAAACCAACUGAUAUACAUCCAGCUCUGAGAAAUGAUCUCAACAAGCCACUACCAAACCUCCCACAUGAGAAUGUAAGAGUCCGAGACCCAAUCCUCCAGGCAGAGAAGAUUUCGGUGGGUCAAGUGCAUAACUUCACAGUCACCCCAGCUUCCUACAGUCAUUCUAACAGCGCUGCUCACCGUAGCUUCUCUGCUCAACAGUAUGAAAACCCACCAGCAAUUCCCACUCGAUCCCCACUGAGAUUAUCAAGCGAUAUCUAUUCUCAAUGGUCCUAUGAAAAUCGUCUUCAUUUGAAUAUCGAGUGUGCUCUUCGCAGCCGGGCACAAGCAACCGAUGACAAGAAUUCUGCACUUCUCCAAGCCGUAGCAACCGCACACGAUCGCCACUUAGCGAGGGCGAAAACCGUACACGAGUCGAGGGUUAGGGAUCGUAUUGCGAUUCGAGAAUCUACCCGUCGAAGAUUGGAACGCGCGACGUCUGUGCACGCACCAAAGGGCAACUUCUUUUGA